UUUCUCUCCUACGUUCUAAAUCCGGCGUACGUGCUUAUAUACACACAGCUUUACUUCCAUAACGCUACCAUGAAAUUGACUCUUCCAGAGCUCAAUACUUCUGUGAUCGACCAUGGUGGGGUUUGUGCACAGUCCACCCGGUGAACAGGGAAGUUCAGAGCCAAAAACUCAAUCCGUUUCAGAGCAGGGGAAAGCAAGCGACCCGCUUGUUGAGCAGUUGCUAUUGGACGUGGAAGACUAUUCUUUGUCUUUCACUAAUUCUUUUCUUGAUUUUGAUUAUUUAAACGACUGGAUUGACCCGAGAUCUGACCCGUAUAGUAUGGAGGCAGGCGAUUUCGGUGCUGUCAAUGCCGGUGGUGAUUUCAGUAGUAAUGGAGCUUGUGAACAGGUAGAAUAUUCAGAGGGACGUGAAAAGAUGGGUUCUUUGAGCUGUUUGGGACCUGAGAAGAGUGUGCAUGGGAGUUUGGACAAGGGAGUGGAAAUAGAUUGUGGUGGGGAAGUUAAAGUGAAGGAGGAGAUAUUGGUGAGCUGUGGAGAUGGGAAGGUGGGGGAGUUGGGUUGCUUGAUUGAGGAGGAGAUGGGGAAAGUUAAUUUAAAUGGUGUCUUAAAUGUAAAGGAGGAAGAUGGAGUUAUGGACAGAGAUAUGAACAGUGUGGGGAUUAUAGAAGAUGGAGGUGAGGGUAUUGCCAUGAAUAAUGGAAACGAGAAAGGAGUAACUAGUAAUGAGUUAGUGCUUGGUGAAGAUGAGAGCAGUGGUGAUUCUGAUUCUGGGUCUGAGACUGAAAGUUCAUCUUCUUCAUCUUCUUCUGCCUCCAGCAGUGAUGAUGAUGACGAGGAGGAAGAAGACGAGGGCGAGGACAAUGAUAAUAGCAAUAGAAGGGGUUCAGAAAUGGAAGAAGGUGAGAUCCUAGCAGGUAGUGCAUAUGAUAUAGUUGCUUGGAGUGCAGAUGAAGAUGAUGAUGUUGAUGAGAGUGGUCCUAAGGGCCCAAUAAGGUCUAAGAAUGAGCUUAAGGACCUCCCUUAUGUUCCUCCUGUGAAUGUGACUAUACAACCACAUCACCAGACCUUGCCAGUCGGAAAUAUUUCUUCGAUAAUUGGGGCCCAAGUCAUUGUUGAGGGGGUGGAGAAGCACAAUCCUCUCAACGAGGGUUCCAUUCUGUGGAUCACUGAAAGCAGAUCCCCACUUGGGAUAGUGGAUGAAAUAUUUGGGCCCGUGAAGAACCCAUACUACAUUGUUAGGUACAAUUCUGAAAAUGAUGUACCUGUAGGAAUCCAACAAGGCACUUCAAUUUCUUUUGUCCAGGAAUUCGCAAAUCAUGUCCUUAAUGACAAAAAUAUUUACAAAAAGGGAUAUGAUGCAUCCGGAGAUAAUGAUGAAGAAUUAUCUGAAGAGGCAGAAUUUUCAGAUGAUGAAAAGGAAGCUGAAUACAAGAGAUUGAUGAAAAUGAAAAAGAGGGGCACAAGUGAACAGAAAUUUGGAAACAAGACAAUGGACAAGAAGAAAGUAAAAAAUCGACCAGUGAAUCAGAAACAGAAUCAAGCAUUUGCUCCACAAGCAUCAACUGGUAAUGUUAGUGGAAACCUUAGCGUUCCGGUUGACCAAAGCCAGCAAUGUGUUCCACCUUUUGCAGCAUCGGGUGAUCAAAGGAAGAAUGUAAGCACUGGUGGCCAAGCACAAGGUUCUGGCAAUGGUCCUUGGUCAGAUCCCGCAUUGCCUCAGAUGGCACAAUUCCACAGUUACGGUGCACCUUCUAGUGGACUGGGAAUGAAUGGAAUCCCUUGUCAGCAGCCACAGAACGCUGGGCUUCCUUCUUUCCCUGCACCAACCCAGUCCCUCGGUUUUGUUACACCUCCCGGGGUUUUGACAACUGGAGUUCCACCUCAGCAGCAGCAGCAAAGGAUGCCCUUUCCGAGUGUCUUACCUGCUAUAAACAUGCAAUGGCCACAGCAGAGUCAUCCCCAGCCUUUUUUUCAAAUGCCCUUUCCAAAUAUGUUACCACUUCAGCAACAAAUGAGUGCUGGUCAAAUGUUUCCUUCUAACUUUAUGCCAGGUGGACAACCAGGUUUCAGCACAGGCUCAGUUGCACUGGGACAAGGGAUAUUCAACCAACCACCAUUUGGAUUGGGCUUACAUAACCAAAACACUCCUCUCCCAAUGAAUUCGGGCCAGCAAGUGGUGCCACCCAAUGGACCUCAAAGUGGAUCCAACAAUGAUUCAUGGCCACCUCCUUCCAUUUCCACCACUCCCGACUCCUCUUGGAAUUCUAAUCAGCCUAGGCACUCUCACGGUGGCAGGCAAGCAAACCGCAGGGGUGGUGGUGGUGGUCGUUUUAGAGGUGGACGAGGUAGGCGACACAACAAUUGACUUUUCAAGCAAGUGGUAUGCACGGCCACUGCCCCAAGAAUAGAAAAAAAUUGUAGGGAGGAGUAUUGUGUGAUCAUAUAAAGCUCUUGUUAGUUCUGGCUAUAUUACCAGAAUACAAUAUGUGGAUGCUAUGCCUUUCCAAAUAGGCGUUUUAUGAAUUCAUAUUAAAGUGAGAAUGUUAGCAUUAUUACAUUGUGUUAGGGAAAACAAAUGAAUGAGUUGUAUCCAGCCAGUUUUUUUGUUUU